AUGAAAACACUCCUUGUUCUCCUUAUUUCCGUCUGCCUGUUCUUCGGUGUCGUCUGGUCGGAGGAGGAGGAGACAGUAGAUACCAGCCUUGAUCCUUCCCUGCUGACGGUAGCCACAGAAGAAAAGGCAAAGGUGGACACUACCGCCACUACUCCCGUCAUUGUCGAGACUACUACUGAGAUUGUAGAUGCUACUUCUCCCGCUGAGAACCUCGCUGACGUUUCUACUGCGACUUCUGCCGAGGGUACAACGGGUGCCACGGCGACCAGUGUCGAGUUGAAUACUGAGGAUGACGACGAUCCCGAUGGGUGGGUUGUUGUCAGUGCAGAGGAGCUAAGCAAACUCAUGGACGAGAUUGAGGCCGAAGGCAGAAAGCACAGCGCUCGGAUGACGAACUCCCCACAAAAGGCCGUGACGCCAGAUCAGUAA